AUGCAGCAUCUGCCAGCUCUUUGCAGCCAGCCACCUACAGAUCUCCCCUCCUUCCCUGGAUCGUGCAGGCCGGCUCUACGCAGACCUGCUAGGAGGAGAAACGCUGCCUUGGCCACGGAAGUGGCCCUUGUACUUUCUGCAGCCGCAAGCGGCUGGGGCGUGCACCGAAGACACUGCCAGUCAACCCGGCGGUCGGGACGCUUGCUGCGAAGGGGCAUGGAGAUGAAAAACGAUGAUCGCCACCAUCCCUCGGCGAAGCGAAAUCGGGGACCAAUUCUGGAGGUGCUCCGCAAAGAGCUCCCUGAGGAUGGGUCAGGAAUGGUGCUGGAGAUCGGUUCUGGCAGUGGUUGUCACGCUGAGUUCUUCGCCACGGCGCUGCCGAAGUUGCAGUGGCAGCCCACGGAGUUUGUCCCGCCCACGGGGAUGGCCGCACUCAAGGACAUCGACAUCGUUGGUGCAAAGGCAUUGCCCAAUGUGCAGCCAGCGCUUGCGCUGGACGCAUCCGCUCCUUGGGAGGAGUGGCCAACCGAGGUUCAGAGCCUGGCCGGUGACUUCACUAUGGUGUACAUGUCCAACGUGACCCACAUUAGCCCAUGGAAGGUGACCUGCGGUGUCAUCGCAGGGGCUGCGAAAGCCCUGGCCAAGGGUGGGCGUUUGAUCAUCUACGGUCCCUUCAAGGUCGAUGGCAAAUGCACCACGGAGAGCAACGCCGACUUCGACGCGAGCCUGCGAUCGCGCGAUCCGGAAUGGGGUUAUCGAGACAUCGCCGACAUCGCCGCGGAGGCUGAGAAGCAAGGCAUCAAGUUCCUUCAACGGCAAGAAAUGCCGGCGAACAACUUUUUCCUAACCUUCGAGAAGCAAUGA